AUGGUCUCGGAUAUCAUCUCCUCAUCCUUCACACUAACUCCGAAAGAGCUCCCAGAGCCUUCCGACUUCUUGGACACAUUGAGCAGCCAUGUUGAAUUGGAGGAAGCGCCGCGGCCAUCUGCCAUUCGCGCAAUUUUGAAACGACACCAGAAGCAGGCCUUGACUUUCAUGUUGAACCGAGAAAAGGGCCGCGAGUUCAACAGGAAAUACCCAAACGUUUGGGAGACUGUCGAGAUGGACCGUGGAACAAUCCAUGGCUUAGAUAAUCUAACCAUUUGCAAGUUCAUGAACACUGUUUCCCGCGUGUAUCAGUCCCGAGAACCUCCAUCAUUCUAUGGUGGAAUAAUCGCGGAUCUCAUGGGCCUCGGUAAAACUUUGACGAUCAUUUCCUUAGUCGCCACAGACAUGGAUUCCGAGAAGGAGUGA